CACACCCUUCAACCUCAUUCAACUUUCGCAUAAUGUCACGUUAAAAUUCCACGUCAAAUUUACAAAAAACACCCCUUAAAAAAUUCCUAAUAUGCCAUGUCUACGAAAAAAACCCAAAAAAUCCUGGUACCCAAGGGUACGAUUCAGUCCAACGAGGACGUGCUUAUAGAGAUACCGGUGGAGUUGAAGGACCAGCCCAUGGUGAUCGCUAGAAGACCUCAAAGUGGGAAAAGCCGUGUGAAACCAUCGGACCUUAAAAUGGUGGAGUACGACGAAGAAGAUCCACCAGUACAGCCGGCGGUUAAAUAUAAACCUAGAAGAGUGGCGCCUCAACAAGAAAGCGAAGAAUUUUUACCUCCAUUUUCCUCCUCAACAAUGCAUUCUUCAACGAGGCCAGUACCGGGCCUGGAUAAUCUGGACGAAACGGAAGCUCUGGAAAAACAACUGAUCCAGAAGAAAUUGGAAGAGUUUCAACAAGCUCGCAGAAUGUUUAUCUUGGAAACAACAGGCGUGGCUGCACAUUCCAGUCAUAUGUUCCACAACACCACAUUUUCCGUGCCAGACGAUCCAGGCACAUUCAACGAAUCAACUUACCCAAAAAAAAAUUUGAAUACCAGUAGAAGAAAUAGCUGUUGCAACCCGAUCACUAGCGAUACUCACAGCUUCACUAAAGGAAGAUCUUCACACGAUGAAGAUGAUAGAUAUUCUGACAAGGACCAAUCUUCUUGUGGGUUAGUAGUUUAA